GCCUCUCUGAGGCUGUUGCUGGGAGCUCCGGCCAAUCAAAGCAUACAGCGCUCCCGUGUCCAGCCGUAAAAUACACCGAGAGAGCGGCCCCGGUACACCGGAGCGUGCAGCGGAGACGGGGAGGGGCAUCGGCCCGUUUGGGGGGAAUGGCGGAUGGGGAUGCUGUCUUGUCUGUGGAAUGGGACAGUGGUGAUGAGGGUUUAGCCAUGGAUCCAGAGAAAACGCUGACUUUCUGCCACGGGCUGCAGACUAUGGAGAUGACUAUGUCCCUGCAAGGGCUGGAUGUAACCGAAGAAGCUACGGUGCCUGUGAAACAGAUCGAAAUGAGCACAAUCAAUAAGAUGGCGAGGCAUCCAAAGUACUGUCCUGGAGUGAACAACAGUCCAGGUUACCUGUGUGAAACGGGACAUUGCUGCGGGGAGACGGGCUGCUGCACCUACUACUAUGAACUCUGGUGGUUCUGGCUCUUGUGGACGGUGCUGAUCCUCUUCAGCUGUUUCUGUGCUUACCGCCACCGCCGGGCCAAGCUGAGAAUUCAACAACAGCAGAGGCAGAGAGAAAUCAAUCUGAUCGCUUACAACGGCGCUUGCAACUACCCUUCAUCAAUGCUGGACCUCAGUUUUCUGGCUUCCUUCAAGUUGCCCUCUUACGAGGAGGUUGUUGCACAGCCCAGCACCCCUCCUCCGCCUUACAGCUCCAUCUUUGCACUGCAGGGAGGUGCCGCAGCAGGUCCUAGCUCCUCUUACCCCCAUCAUCACCACCACCGUCACCCCUGCCCUCCCUACUUGGGCCCCGGCCCCAGCGGUCUGACCUCCUCACAGAGCUCUGAUAACUACACCAGCUGCUCCUGUGAGUCUUGCUCCCUCACCUCCCCAUCCAGCACCUCCUUCUCUGUCCAGGUGACGGAUGAGACGUACGACAGCAGCCACAUGUCCACGCCCAGUGAAGCAGGAGGAGAUCUGGCCGUGGUGCCAAGGGUCGGGGUCCCCUUCACGCUGAUGCCAUCGCCACCCUCGCAGGUUCCACCUGAUGUUAUACCUGCAGUCACUCCGGAUGUCAUUCCGGUGCAGAGAUGUUCCUCUAACGGCAGUGAAGGAGUCUCGCCUCCAUCUCAUCCGCUUUCUCUCACUUUGCACUCUCGUCCUUCGCACUCCUCUCGCCUCCCGCUCUCUCCCCUCUCGCUGCUAUCUUCCAUUCCCGCUGGUCAAGUCCACCCUCUUGUUCCAUCGGACCCACUCGGAGCCAUGGCUCUUCAGAGAGCGAAAGAAGAGACGUCACCUCAUGAUCCAAAAACCAGGCCCCUGCACUCAGCUCCUAAGCAGGCUUUCCUCUUAUCAAACAUGGCUGUCUCUGUGCACUGCGGCGGCAAGGAGGAGCAAAAAAGGGAAAAAGAAGAAGAGGAGGAGGAGGACGAAGACGAGGAUGAGGAGGACCAUUUCCGGCAUCGACGGCUGACGGGUGACUCGGGUAUUGAGGUGUGCCGCUGCCACGUGAAAAGAGGGCAACAAGAGGAUGAGGAACCAAAGAAGGGGCGCUUCGAUAAGGGAGGGAAAGAUGUUGUGAAGGAAGGGGAGAAGGCAGAUGUGCUGCAGGACAGCAUGGACUGUUCCCAGCAAAAGAAGGUCGCCGCACAGUUGCCCGUGCUGGACGACUGUGCGGAGCAGCGGGGCCAUGUCUCUUCCCCUUCUAGCAUCAUCAUUAACAGAAACGAGGCUAUCAUCACUGUGGAGACCCUGUAAGUAAACAGCCAUGGAAGGAAGGAAAAGUGGGAUAGCAUUCGUAACCGGAUGAGUGACGAAUUAAAGGAAAAAAAGAAAACGAUCGGUCUUAGGAAAGAUUUGAGCUAUCAGAACAGAUUCACUGCAUCUUAGUGUUGGUUCUACAAAUCUCUGUAAAUCUCCUGAAGGGAUGGCACACAAUUUUUUUGUCCUUUUUUUUCUUUAAAAAAAAAAGGGCAUUUGGAUGAUGGUUGUAGAAAGUCUCCAAAAUCUUCCAUUAGUGUAUAACUGAGCUGAGAUCAGGUGACUGCAAAGGCAUUAGCAAAAUUAUUGACAUGACUUUCAUACUCAUCCAACCACCCAGUGACCUCUGAUGGACCGCUCUGUGGAUGGGGACAACCCUGGAAGACUACUACGUUAAUAAGACAAGUGAACUAUACCAACAGCUUCUGGGUUUUCCUUUAAUUUGUCAUCCGCCUGUCGAUGAAGACUUAAGAAGUGAAAAAUGUGAUCACUGAAGAAAAGUCUUGGAGAGCUUACAGAAAUGUCUGCAAGCCAUCAGAUCGGAUGAGUAACAUUUUUAGGAGGGGGUCUCUGUAUUUUAUUUUGGGAACCCCAGACCUCAAAGUUCUCAUGAUUUAUAAGAGAUGAUUUGGGUUUGUUGUGGAGUACGAGGUGUUCUUUCCUUAAAAUGCAAAUGGCUCAAAGUCCUUAAAAAUAAUUCCCCUUUCUGCAUCCUUUUCUUGCUAGAGCCACUAUGAUAAAAUGUUUUCCCUGCAGAUGAGGGGAAAAAUACCUGACAUCCUAGACUCUUUUUUUUCAGUGUUUCUCUGUACGAAGCAUCGAAGCAGCAUUUUUAGCUCUGAAAUGGAGCUCGUAUCACCGGCUGCCAGCCUGUGGAUAUAAAAUAUUCUGACUUUUGUCAAAUCCAUACAUUUUAACAUAAAAAAUUGGUCAUCUUUUUAGGCAUUUAAACAUUGAAGGACCUUUUCUUUUUUUAUUGGACCCCACUUCCCUUAUCAUAGAUUGAUUGAUUCAGUGGGUCAGUGUUUUAUACCUUGUGUCUUAUGUUGCCUCCUUCUUAAAGAUUUUUAAAAAAGGGGGGCAGGUACAAACUUUAAUUAAAUGUGCAGGUGGCAAAGCUUUACUAUGAUAUUGUAGUUAUACAUAUAGUUUCAGACUGUUACAUCAGUAUACUGUAUACUUAGCCAGCUGUUUGUCUUUGGGUUCAGUGCAGUUUUAACGUGCUCCUGCCUUUUGCAAGGCAAUAUCACUCUGAAUCCUCGUGUUGAGUUUUUUACUAGGCGCACACUUUAAGCCUAAACUGAUAAUGAAUGUAAAAGGUUAUGCAUUGCAACAAAAAAACGCACUCAAAGCUGUUUUUUGAGGAUUUUUUAUAGCAUGAUGCUCGACUGAAAGCUUUUUUUGUUUGUUUGUUUGUUUGUUUUUAACAAAAAGAAAAAAAUAACAGAGUUAUGCCAGCGUGGCAAUCCAGUCUGUAGGCGUGUGCUUCGAGAAGUCACUUUGGAAAGACGUACCCAUCACAAAUGAAGUCACAGAACAGAAUCUCCUUUAUUUUAAAUACUGCUGUGGCAAAACGGGACUUUGCAGAGUCAGACUGUUUUUCUCUAAAUGCCUCCUGGUUGAUGACUAGUUGACAUCCAGAGCAAGGCCAAGGAUUACAUUAGCCUGCCAUGCUCACCUGGCGGAGGAUAGCACACACGUUCUCUCUCGUAGUUAUCUGUCAGUACAACAAUGUGCUCAAAAAUAAACGGAGAGCGUCUCACAACACAAUUUGUACAUGUUUGUCUUGCCAUAGUUGUUAUUAUGAGACAAGGGUCUCGGUAGUUCACUGACUGGAGGCCACUUUUUUCGUGUCCCUAGAUGUUUAAUGCCUAAGGGCAAAGCUUUUAACUCUUAGUAGUGUGGAGAGAAAUCUAAUUUAGCACAGUUCACUCCUAAAAAAGAACAAGUCACAUUUGCUCUUUUGAACAUUCAGAUGUGAGUUUGCAUGGAAGUUUGAGUGGCAGUUUGCUUUCUGAUGAUCUCUUGAUGAUCAUCUUCAAAGCACCUCUGCAGUGAUUCGCUGAUGGCCUGACAAAGAUGGUUCAUCCUCUGGACAUAUUGGCAAAAAAGCCUUUUUGGAGCCUUGCGUUUCUUCUCAUUUUCAUUAGUUUUAGGUAACGUGUGUCGUUGAUCAGUGGUGCCUAGUUCAAAAAGGAUUUUUCUGUUAGGAAUCCGUAGUUUCCCAGCUAAUCUGAGCGUGUGUGUGUGUGUGUGUGUGGAUUAUGAAUAGCUGUAAAUCAAAUGGCGAAAAUAUUUUCUAAGAGUACUUAGCAGUCUCUUUUUAAAAUGCUCAUAUUACAUGUGAGACUUGCAAAAAUAGUAUUUAGCAAUAGUAUUCACACUUUUUUUUCCUUAUUCUGGUUUAUGCUGGCUGACAGGAAAUGAGAUGAACUGAAAUGACAUUUACCUCUUUAUGACUCAUAUGCUAGCUGUGCUGGGCAAAGGCCCUCGAUUGUACAAACACAGCAGUUUUUUAAAAAAUGCCUUUGGCGUAAGUGCAAACUUAGAUUAUCGGGUUGUAUUUUAAAGCCCCAGUGUGUGUCUUGCAUGUUACUGACCUUAAACUUUAGUGUUUUGUAUUGAUUUUUUUUAAGCUCAUCUGACUGAAGGUUCAGUGCACUUACGCCAUGGCGAGGCAUCCGUCGUCCGUUUGUCCCACCGCAAUUCACAAGAAUCCGUACUCCUCCCAGAGUACUGGUCGGAUUUUAAUGAAACACAGUGAUCACCUGAUGUGUCUUCACCCACACUGUGCUCAAGGUCAAGGCUGUACAAGUCGUUUUUACAAGAAUCGCUACUCCUCCUGGAGUAUUGGUCUGACUUUAGUGAAGCAAGGCUAGAUAAUCCUGGAUACGACUGUUUGCGAGCCUCCUUGACUUCUCCCUCGACUUUAAUUAUCAUUCAUUUGUGCAAAAGAGCCGCACAGCUUUCUUUCUGUACUUCACACAUUACAACAACCUUUGAACUGUGAUGGAUCAUGAAGCAAAUGGGCUGUAAUGUCACUGACAAUCUGGUUAGUGAGUGCUUAGUUUUUUACAUUUUAUUGUAGAUUUUAAUUAGGAUAAUUGUCUUAAGGGGCAUCAUUCUGUUUUAAAUUUUACACUUAGAAAAGAGGUCAAAAAAUACCAUUUUUACAUGGCAUCCUCUUGAUAUUAGUUUAGAAAGUAUCCAUCCACUUUCUUCCGCUUAUCCAGUUCAGGGUCACAGAGGCUUAGCUGGAGCCUAUGCCAGCUGCCAUAGAGCAGAGGUGGGGUACAGUCUGGACACGUUGCCAGUCUCAUAUUCAUAUAAAUGGGCAAUUUACAGUGCUUGGAGUCUGAGAGUAAGCCAGAAAGAACAGGGAAAACAUGCAGACUCCCAGAAACACUUCAUGGAUUUGAACCCAAGACCUUCUUGCUGUGAGGCAACAAGUUCAACCACUGCACUACCGGCAUAGAAGCUAUUAACAAAAACACAAAGUUAGCGUGUGGAUCUGUCGGAUACUAGCUGAGGUGGUUCAGGCAUCCGAUUAGAAUGCCUUCUGGGCAUGCCCCGUGGAAAGAGGCCCCGGGGUAGGCCCAGGCCACGCCGGAGACAUUACGUCCCUCAGCACUGCCUGGGAAUGCCUCGGUGCUUUCCCCGAAUGAGCUGAAGGAGGUGGCUGGGGAGAGGGAGGUUUGAUCCAGCCCCAGAUGAGCUGGUGGAAAGCGGAUGGAUAGAUGUUUAAUUUCUAUGACUGAAACUGAACAAGAUGGUGAAACAUAGGAGUCACACACUGGGGCUUAUUGUAUCCCGACUCCUGCUUUCAUUUGACGUCAUUGUAAAUAGAACCGGUUUGAUUUGUCUCGCCUUGUCAGAAGCCAAUUUGUGUGGAGAAAAAGCCCCAGAUUUUACCUUUGUUACCACUCUUUGGCCAAGGCCUGAUAUAAGACUGUUACCUCGCUCGAGUUUUGACUGUAAAGGACUGUUCACUUCUCCUUCUGAAGAUAGUAUCUACUAUAUAUUUGUACUGAUUUUAUUUUGUAAUGCCAAAAGUUAAAGAAUUGAAUAAAAAUACAAAAAAAAACAACAACCUCACAUUGGUACAGCCGUUGAACCAUUUUGCCAGAAAACAAAAAACAAAACAUCCAAUCCUUUUGAUUCAGGAUAACUGAAGACUGUCUCCUUCUACUCCUGCAGCUACGAGACAGCAGCAUAUAUAGCAGUAUGUAUAUGUGACUGUACAUGGAAUAGUUCAGAUUAAUAUUACUACAACAUGUGGUGUACUUUGAAGGUAUCUUUGUGCAAUUCUACCUGCGGCUCUUCAGCGUGUCGUACGUAUGUGUGAGAGAGUAACCGUGCCGUUUUCUUGUUAAAAAUCACUGUCGCUUAUUGUGAGGAUAAUGUUGAGUAUAAUGUUAACAUAAUAACUGUCGAUUUAAAAAAAUGCCAAAACUUUUUCGUGUCAUCAUGGAUAUCAAGUUGAUUUUGUAUCUUGGUGUAAAGCAGAUUCAGAGAUUUCCGAUGCAUACUGAGUGAGAUGCUCUCACGUUUGUUGUGUCUGUUUGGUUGCACACCAUCAUGUUUUUUUGCUUUGUUUGUUUGGGUUUUUUUUGUUUGUUUGUUUUUUUGUUUGUUUUUUAGAAGGUGGGGUUGUAUUUAGAUUUCUUCCAUCUCACUGAUCAUCACUGAGAUUCUGCGAUAUUGGACGCAGACAUCUGCUUAACUCUAUUGAACAGAAAACUGUGGAUUUUGUGUCAAAAUAAAUGUGCUACCAAAUACAUGUGUGUACUUCUGCUUCACAUUAUACGCGCCUGUAGUUCUCACAUAUUUUGCUGUGAAAUACAGCCGAUCUGACGCCUGACUAAACUCCUACUCCUGAUUAUCUGUCGCUGUGAAUG